AUGACUCUUUUUAUUCUUAGCGAAACCAGCGCGGGCUAUGCCCUGCUCAAGGCCAAGGACAAGAAGCUCCUCAAGCGCGAGGACAUUGCGACUGAGGCUUCGACUGCGGAGGGAGUUUCUAACUUGUUGAAACUCAAGAGCUUCAAGAAAUUCGAUAGUGCCGCUACAGCUCUGGAAGAGGUUGCGUCCAUUGUGGAAGGAAAGGUCACCCCCCGCCUCGCAAGCCUCCUCGACGAGAUCAAGGAUGAGAAGAAGGUUUCGUUGGCAGUUGCCGACCCCAAGCUCGGCAAUGCCAUCGGCAAGCUUCCCGGCCUGGACAUCCAGCUGGUCGCCGACUCAACCACCCAGGACAUCUACCGCGCUAUCCGCGAACAUCUGCCUACAUUGAUUCCCGGUCUGAUGCCUCAGGAUAUGUCCACCAUGUCCCUGGGUCUGUCGCACUCUCUCGCCAGACAUAAGUUGAAGUUUUCCCCCGACAAGAUCGACACCAUGAUCGUGCAGGCCAUCGGUCUCCUUGACGACUUGGAUAAGGAGCUCAACACCUACGCCAUGCGUGUGAAGGAGUGGUACGGCUGGCACUUCCCAGAGCUUGCCAAGAUUCUCAACGACAACAUUGCCUACUCGAAACUCGUUCUGAAGAUGGGCAUGCGGUCCAACUGGGAGACCGCGGAUCUUGCUGAAAUUCUGCCCGAGGAGAUUGAGGAGCUCGUCAAGAACGCCGCUGACCGAUCCAUGGGUACUGAGAUCAGUGAGCAGGACUUGGAAAACAUCCAGGCCCUUGCCGAGCAGGUUGUCGGCUUCGCCGAUUACCGCACGCAGCUUGCCGACUACCUGACCGCUCGUAUGAACGCUAUCGCACCCAACCUGACUGCUCUCGUCGGUGAGCUCGUCGGUGCGCGCCUGAUUGCCCACGCUGGCAGCCUGACCAACCUGUCCAAGAGCCCGGCAAGUACCAUUCAGAUUCUGGGUGCCGAGAAGGCUCUGUUCCGUGCCCUGAAGACUAAGCAUGACACUCCCAAGUAUGGUCUGAUUUACCACGCUUCCCUGAUCGGUCAGGCGACGGGCAAGAACAAGGGUAAGAUGGCCAGAGUUCUCGCCGCGAAGGCUUCUCUUGGUCUUCGCGUUGAUGCUCUCGCUGAGUGGGAUGAUGAUGCUACGGAAGAGGACAAGGCCGCCCUGGGUACGGAGGCGCGUUACAACCUCGAGAGGAAAUUGGCUGCUCUGGAAGGCAAGCCCAUGAAGCCGAGAGGUGUUGCCAUCGCCCCCAACGGCGUUGCCACGCAGCAGAAGAAGUUCGAGCUCAACGAGGCUAGAGCAUACAACGCUGACGCCGAUGCUGUUGAUGGUGAAGAGCCUGCUUCGGCCAAGAAGUCUAAGAAGGAGAAGAAGCUGGUCCAGGAGGUUGAGGACGAAGAAAUGGCCGACGCUGACUCAGAUGAGGAGGUCGAUUCUGAUGACUCCGAGGAGGAGACCAGCGACAAGAAGUCCAAGAAGUCCAAGGACGCGGAGCUGGAGAAGCUUGCCGAGAAGGCCGGCCUGAGUCUGAAGCGGUACAAGCGCAAGCUCGAACGGGGCGAGAUCACAUUUGACGCCGAGGGCAACCCGACUGCUGUCAGCAAGAAGGACCUGAAGAAGGCCAAGAAGGAAGCCAAGAAGGCCUCUAAGGGCGAUGACAAGAAGCGCAAGCGCUCGGACGAGGGUGAAGAGGCCGACAGCACCGACAAGAAGAAGAAGAAGAAGAAGGGCAAGGAGUAA